AGGCCCGACCUACUCUGGGGUAGGGUCUGUUCUGUGUCCUCUGACAGCCUGGCGUGGCUGCAGCAUUCUCCAGGAAUCUUCCUAAGACUGGUGCGUCAUCCUCAGAUGCCAGCCGGGCGGUCAUGGAUUAAGAGGACGGAGAACUCUUUGAUGGACUCAAGAAGAGUCCGAAGAACGGGGCCCAGGUUCCCAACUGCUGCCACAGUGGUUCGCCACACCUAGAAAGGUCUGCCUCCUUAAGCAUUAGCUUCCCCUUCUAGAAAUGGAAAAGGCUUAAUAACAGUACCCUGGUGUCCUUUUCCAGGCAUCCAGCAGGCGUUUAAUAACUAGCCAAGUCAUUAUUGAAGUUUCUAAAUAAGGCAUACUAAUGGCUGAGUCUGGCCUCAAUCCCAGUGUCCCUGAGAGGCCCGCCGCGGGGGCCGCACUGGGCACGGUAUAAAUCGGAGAGUGCGUGCGCUUGGGCACUGCGGAGCCCAGGGUGGCAGAGAAGGAACAGAAUGGAGAUCCCCGUGCCUGUGCAGCCUUCUUGGCUGCGCCGCGCUUCAGCUCCUUUACCUGGUUUUUCCGCUCCGGGACGCCUCUUUGACCAGCGUUUCGGGGAGGGGCUGCUUGAGUCCGAGCUGGCUUCGCUGUGCCCUGCUGCGAUCGCCCCCUACUAUCUGCGCGCCCCCAGUGUGGCAUUGCCCACAGCACAGGUGGCCAAGGACCCUGGGUAUUUUUCUGUGCUGCUGGAUGUGAAGCACUUCUCCCCAGAGGAAAUCUCUGUCAAGGUGGUUGGCGACCAUGUGGAGGUUCAUGCACGGCAUGAGGAGCGCCCGGAUGAACAUGGAUUCAUUGCUCGAGAGUUCCACCGCCGCUACCGCCUGCCUCCUGGUGUGGACCCUGCUGCCGUGACCUCGGCACUGUCUCCUGAGGGUGUCCUGUCCAUCCAGGCCACACCAGCAUCGGCCCAGGCCCCACUCCCAUCACCACCUGCUGCCAAGUAGGGGUCCGAGCAUUACAGGACCGAACCUAAGAAGCCUCUUUAGGCUCCCUUUUAAAAGCCAAUCUGACUCCGCUGCCCAGCCAGAUAUCCCAAUCGCUGUCAAGACAGUUCCUCCCCACCAAAUCUGGGUGUCUUCCCCUAGGACCUUUCUACCUAAAGCCCUACCUGGGCCUUAGUAACUGAGACACACCCCAAGCCUGCCCUGCCCCGUCAGCUUUCAGCCCCGCCCAUAACACCCCCGAGACAACACAAACACCGUCACCCUCCUUGGCCCACACUCCCACCUGACUGACCCCACUUUGGGCUUGUACUAGCACUAGGCUCCUGCUGCACUUCUAAAUUGUAGAACACCCACACUGUGAGACCAGAGUACAAUGCAGACAGUGUCCCCCACCCCAGGCCUGUCACCUUAGUUGCCCGCAAUGACCCAUGGGAAGGCCAGUCUGACCCAGACUGCAUGGGCCUUCCACAUCAGAACAUUCAAGUCUGGUCCACCAGACUCUAGAUCCUGUCCCUGCCACCUAACAGUCUGCCCCAGGCCAUUUUCUGACUUGAAACUCCAGGAGCCUGCGUUUCCAAAUCCUGUUCUGAUUUCCCAAUCCUUGGAAAUCUAUUCCCAACCAACCAGGAGCCCCAAACUCAGACUGUACAGACACCCCAACUUCCCCAGAUGUGCUAGGCCAAUGAACCAGAACCCUUGGGUUCCUUUGUCCCGACUCCCCACCUGCAGCCAGAUAGCCUAAGCAGCCCUCCCAUCACUUGUCCUGUAAGAUCAGUCACAACUCCUCCGUUCCCUGUCACCUCAUACCCUUCCUAUCAAUCCCCAAUAAAGGCGCUAAAGA